AUGGGCCAGUAUUGGAUGAUCAUCAAUCUCGACAAGCGAGAAGCGACUUCGCACUUGGGAAAGCUGGGUGAAUGUCUUUUUGACGGUAUACCUGAAUCUCUUGUGCCGUAUUUUGCCAUACCCCUUCCCCUAUCGGCUCUUGAUAUCAAGAAAGAGUUCAGUGGUGUAAAUUCAGGUCCAUCCGCGAACUCAGCACUGGGAUCCUUGGACCUCGCACCCGAAAUCCUGUAUCUCAUCUUUGAUGAGAUCGAUGAUCUGCGCGGUGCCAUCUCGCUGUCGCUCACGAACAAGACAUUGUCCGACAUUGGACAGGCCCGUGUGUAUGAGCUGGCAUGCAAGACGACAGCGCCAUGGGCCGGUGAUCGCGUCAUAUGCGCCGGCGACUAUAUGCGGUGGCAUGAUCUGCCAGUAGGCAUGCUCUCCGAGAGCGAACUCUACGAAUAUCGCAGCCAAGAUGAAGAUGAAGGCGAUGGCGACUCGAACGAAGAGUACGACUCAUACACAAACAAUCCCCGCAACUUUCACGACGUUAGAUGGCGGGAAGCGCCCUCUAGACAUUCUGAACCUGAUGUUCUUAACAUCAGCAGCAUUCAUGAUGCGUAUUUUCACUACAACGUGUCGUCUUUCGAGCGCGAAGAAUUUUCUCGCCGGCAGAAGCCGCAAUACUCGAUCGAUCUCUCGAAGGAUGAGACUCACGGAUGGGUAUUAUGCAGCAUCUCGAAGCGGGAGUACGUCAGGGCCAGCGUUGUUGCGGCUUUGACGGGCUCUAGCGCUAAAAUGCCUCGCGGGAUAGGAGGGAGAGGCGGCUUCGGUCUGGGUCAUGUUCUCAUGAGCCAGAUUUGCUGGUCCUCUGACGACUCUAUUUCAAUGAGAUAUAAGGGUGACUUGCAUCGCGGGAGGUGGGCGGGUGAUCGCUUGUCCAUCACGACAAUGGACAGACUGGACAAUCACGAAGCAUGGAAGGACACGUCGGAAGAGGUGGUGAAGAAGAUUACGAAAAUUUGGGAUGCUGACUGUCAAGGGUGGCGAUCGCAAGUAAAUUGUAAUGACACACCGAAGUGA